UUGUCCAGUUGCCCUUCCUGUCAAUCCUUGAAAGCACCGUACCAAAUUGCGAAAAGAAAGAAUCCAAAAUUCCUCCAUCCCCAAUCUUUCUCCGUCAAAGAUCCCCUUCCAUUCCCCAAUCCGAUAACCCAUAACCCAUAACCCAAUCAUUCGCCUCUUCCGGGUCAAUCCCGCAAAUCCAUAACAAACAUAACACCCUUUUUAUUCUGAUUCACCCAACAAAAGAAGAUAAAAGAAAAAGCGUCACUUGUUUUCGUCUUUGGUCGUUAUUUUCAUCAUUAUGGGAACUGAGACUUCAUCAAUGGACAUUACGGAGCCGCUGGUUGUGGAGAAGAAUACACCGUCGGUAUCGGAGCACGUUCCGGAGUGGAAAGAGCAGAUCACGAUCAGGGGGCUGGUGGUGAGUGCGGUUCUUGGUUGCCUGUUCUGCAUCAUCACACACAAGCUCAAUCUCACCGUUGGUGUUAUCCCUUCCCUCAACGUCUCUGCGGGAUUGUUAGGGUUCUUCUUCGUCAAGUCAUGGACCAGUUUCUUGAGUCAAUUAGGGAUCUUCACUAAACCAUUCACAAGGCAAGAGAACACUGUCAUUCAGACCUGUGUUGUUGCUUGCUAUGGCCUUGCUUUCAGCGGGGGAUUUGGUUCAUCCUUGAUAGCUAUGGAUGAAAGAACAUAUGAGCUUAUAGGCCCUGACUAUCCUGGUAACAGAGCCAAAGACAUUAUAAACCCAGGCUUGGGUUGGAUGAUAGGUUUCAUGUUUGUUGUCAGCUUUCUUGGACUUUUUAGUUUGGUACCACUUCGUAAGGUUAUGGUCUUGGAUUAUAAGCUUACAUACCCCAGUGGAACUGCAACAGCAAUGCUAAUUAACAGUUUCCAUACAAAGACGGGGGCUGAACUUGCAGGGAAUCAAGUUCGGAAACUGGGGAAAUAUUUGGGCCUAAGUUUCUUCUGGAGUUGCUUUAAGUGGUUCUUCAGUGGUGUUGGAGAUUCGUGUGGAUUUGACAACUUCCCUAGCUUUGGUUUGACAUUAUUUAAAAACACAUUCUACUUUGAUUUCAGUACAACCUACGUUGGAUGUGGUCUUAUCUGUCCUCACAUAGUCAACUGUUCAGUUCUUCUUGGAGCUAUUAUAUCGUGGGGUAUUCUUUGGCCUUUUGUCUCCCAGCAUGCUGGGGACUGGUAUCCAGCUGACCUCGGUAGCAAUGAUUUUAAAGGUCUAUAUGGAUACAAGGUUUUCAUAUCUAUUGCUCUUAUUCUAGGGGACGGUAUUUACAAUCUUGUAAAAAUUAUACUGAUAACUGUUAGGGAGAUGUACAAGGCAAGCUCCAAAGAGACCAGCCUUCCAACUGUCACAGAGGUUCUUGAUGAUGAGAGUUCCCGGUUGCAAUUAGAAGAAAAGAAGAGAGAGGAAGUAUUUUUGAAGGACAGGAUUCCUACCUGGUUUGCGCUGUCUGGAUACGUGGGAUUGGCUGCAAUAUCCAUUGGAACAAUACCAAUUAUCUUCCCUCCUCUAAAAUGGUACUUGGUUCUAUGCUCUUACAUCCUUGCCCCAGCCCUUGCAUUUUGCAACUCUUACGGCUGCGGGCUCACUGACUGGAGUCUGGCAUCCACCUAUGGGAAGAUCGGUCUUUUCAUUGUUGCGGCUGCAGUCGGCCAAAAUGGCGGGGUAAUAGCAGGAGUAGCAUCGAGUGCCGUGAUGAUGUCUAUUGUUGCCACUGCCGCUGAUCUCAUGCAAGAUUUCAAGACAGGCUACCUCACCCUUUCGUCGGCUAAAUCCAUGUUUGUGAGUCAGUUGAUAGGAACAGCCAUGGGAUGUAUAAUUGCUCCCCUCACAUUCUGGAUGUUCUGGACAGCCUUUGAUAUCGGGUCACCUGACGGCCCUUACAAAGCACCAUAUGCAGUUAUCUUCAGGGAAAUGGCCAUACUAGGUGUCGAGGGAUUCUCGGAGCUUCCAAAGCAUUGCUUGGCCAUGUGUGGCGGUUUCUUUGCUGCGGCAAUAGUUAUCAAUCUUCUAAGGGAUUUGGUUCCCAAGAAGUACUCGCAGUAUAUCCCCAUCCCAAUGGCCAUGGCAGUUCCUUUCUACAUUGGCGCUUACUUUGCGGUCGAUAUGUUCAUCGGAACUGUGAUAUUGUUUGUGUGGGAGAAGUUGAAUAGAAGGGAUGCCGAGGACUAUGCCGGAGCAGUUGCGUCUGGUUUGAUAUGCGGCGAUGGGAUAUGGACUAUUCCUUCUGCAGUUCUCUCUAUUAUGCGAAUCGACCCACCCAUAUGCAUGUAUUUCGGGCCUUCUGCGAGCAGCUAAACUAAGCAGCUUUCUGUAAGAGAAUGAAUGUUUUUCCGCAACACACCGUUCGAGGAAACACGCCGAGAAUCCUGUCUGAGGUGGUCCAGCAUUUGAUUUGGAUGCGGUUAAACACAAGCUAAUAGGCUCUUGGAUCUUUGAAAUGUUGUUUAUCGUCCUUGGGUAUUUGUAAAUAUUGGAAUGUACGACUCGGAGUGUCUAUUGCAUCUCCUCUGUCUAGUAUCUCAUCAUUGCAUGUGAGUGUCUAUGUAUGUAGGAAAUUGUGUAAUUGUUAUCUUGGGAAACAAGAAAAGGAAGAAAGGAAUUCAAGAUGUUAAAUUAGAACUAGUUUUAUUAUUGGAAGACAAGAAAAUUAGUUUAAAAUUAUUUUAUUUUGUAUUUUUUAAUUAUUAUUUAUAUUAUUUUAUAUUCAUUAA